CGUUCUGUCGCGCUCCUAAAUGCUUGAGGAACUCGGAUGCGCUAGUGUGCAUCUUCAAUUGGGCGAAUGCGCGCAUUCACAACCCCUCUGGAGGAAUCGGCGUCGACUUUCUCCCGCGUCCUUUUCGCCACACAAAACAGCGAGCCAGCUCGCUGUCGACAAAACGCAGUGCCCCCUUUUCCUCGGCUUUCGUUCCGGAAGCGCAGAGAAAAGGCAAGGCAUCCAAUUGUCGUCUUUGCCAGUCAUUCCUCUAGCUCACUUGCCACUCUUUCUCGGAAAAGCACCAUCACAGCAAACACACUUUUCUUGACUGAGUCGCGCCCCUGACUGAGAACUUGUCUUGAACGAGGCGGGUCCUGCUUCUACCUUCUGUCGAGACUAGACUCGUCCAGCUGGGCGCCUGCUUCGCUGAUGCCUGCUUUUUUCCGUGAGGCGAAACUGCACCAUUUUGGGUCGGCCGUCUGCAGUUGUUCAAGGUCUUUGCUCGUUUCAGCCGGUGGCAGUUCCGAGCUGCUCAAGUUGACUGGCGCAAGUCGACCGCAGACACACGUGGUCGGAGUAGGGAAAGGCGCCCCGUCUCUCGUAGCUGCAGACGAACAGUUCAGACGAGACGGUGGCGCGAACAAAGGGGACAACGGCGAGGAAGCGAGAGAGAAGGGAACCUUCGGCCGACAAGUAGCUUCUCGGAGACUUCCAUGGACGACGAUGGCGGAGGUAACGCGGCACAGAGACAGCCGAGGAGAGACAGACGGGGACGUCGUUUCCACGCCGUCGCCCUCGCAAGUGCUUCGAGAGAGCAGAAGCGCCAUCAAAAGAGAAGCUUCGUUUGCACUGGGUGCGUCGCCGCUCUCUCUUUCGACUGUCAAGUCUGUCUCCUUUCUGCGACCUCCGUGUUCUCCAUCAUCUCCCAGUCCGGCGUCUUCAAAUGUCCGCCUGCAAGACGGUGUCGCGGCUGUGGUUCCUGAGGCUUGUCCUUCUGCCUCCCUUCGAGCUGGCUCAGGGCCUCCAGGCAAGUGUGCCGGAGUCUGCUCCCCAGACGCUGUCUCGUCGUCCUCUCCUCUUUGCGAGAACAGCGAACCUUCCAGUUCAGUGUUGACAAACGGGUCUCUUGGCAUUCUUGUCCAGGCCACUGGCUACAGAUAUCUCCUAGGAGGCACUCUCGUCUACCACGAUGAGUCUCACACGCUUCUCCGGCCCUCAAAACGACAUGUCUCGUCUCCGGACGCAGUGCUCUCUCCUCCACUUUCGCGUCUUGAGGCGACGAGCGCGGCGUCACCGCCUUGUUCCGCGGCCCCUCUGCCUCCUGACAAGGCGCUGCAGGACUCUGACUUUGCGCGAGUUCCACAAGAAGCGAGAGACGAGACCUUGGCAUCUUUCUGGGGAAAAGGUAGACCCGCACGGCCAGCUGGCUGUUGCUGCUGUCGCGGAUGUCCCCGCCUUGCCUCAAGAAAACUUUCGAGAGCUGCAUGCAGCCGUGAAAGGUCCUCUCCUGAUGUUUAUAACCAGCGCGCUGGUGGAACGCCCCCUCGAACUGACGUAUCUCCAAGCGUGGUGUCUCCGCAGUCCGAAGGUGACGCCUUCCGGACAUCUCCCGGGGCGCCUGGAGCGCCGGACUCGACGGGAUGUGGGCAGCAGUCAGUGGAGCCGCGACUGCGAGGCCAGGAAGGCAAGCUAGGACGGAAGCUAAGCGCGAAGCGAGCCAAAGACGCGAGUUCCGCAACAGAGAGGUGGGGGAAGUCUCCUUCUGCGUGUCGAUGCUGCGCGCAUGCAGCCGCUCUUGAGUCUCGCUAUGGCCGGCAGGGUCCGGCCGCAGGCUUGCAUCUGGGUGUUCCCGCGGAGCUCGCGAGUUCGGGUGUCUGCGCAGGAACGCGGGGCUCGGGAUCCGCUAGCCGGUUGCCCAGAAGGCGCGGCUCUCCCGAGAGGCGCUGCUGCCUGUGUUGCUACACCAGCAGCGCAACACGUGAAUUUGUCUCCCUUUUGCCCUUGGAGGCGAGGCCCCGAGACCCUCGGGACCUUCCCCUUGGCCUGCCGAAGCAUGCGGAGCCGUGGCGAAUCUCCCAUGUGUCUCAGGUGGAGCACGAGGGAUUGGGGACUCGAAGAAACUUGGCAUUCUCGCCAGGAACGCGCACACCUGAUGUGGUGGUUCCCCCGGAUUCUCUUGUUUUCGAUUCCCGGUUCGAGAGCGGGAACUUGAAGCUCGCUGUCCAGAGCUCGAGCCGGAAAGAAGAGUAUCUGCUUCUGCUACGGCCAGACGCCCACACUGGACAAGUCAAGACUUCUUGGUUUUUCUUCUCCGCAUCGAUGCAGCCACACCACAAUGAGCGUCUCCCUUUCACUGUCACGUUCAAGAUCGCGAACCUCGUGAAGUCCGAGUCUCUCUUCGCCCACGGCAUGCGCCCGUUGACGUUCUCAGUGGCUGAACAACGCGAGACGGGAGCUGCUGUCUGGAGACGGAGCAGCGAAACUGUGAAGUACUACCGAAACCGCUAUCCGCGAAGCGCGGACAUUGCGUGCCUGAACUCUGCGCUCGCGCCGCUGUGUCCGGGAAGAGGCGCCUGCGCCGCUUGUCCGAGCAGCUGCGGUGACGGCUCGGGUGUAGGUACAGCGCUCGCAGCUCGUCGAGACAGCGCAGCGUCUCGCGCGCUGUCUCCGCAGCUCUGCGGAGGCCCUCAAGGCGACGCGAGCGCAACGGCGAACAACGCAAACAACAGAUACUCGACGCUGGAGAUCGCCUUCACUUUCAGGCGGCCGAACGACACAGUCUACUUCGCCUCCGGGUGUACGUACACCUACUCCCACCUCCUCGACGUCCUCCACUGCAUCGAAAGCCACCCCGCAGCCGCCAAGCUGUGCAGUCAGGACGCUCUCUGUGCUACUCCAGGAGGCCUCGUCUGUCCUGUGCUCUGCAUCACGAAUCCCCUUCCAGACUUCUCUUUUCCCUCAUCUUCUCCGUCUUCUUUAGCUUCAUCUUCUUCCUCCCCUUCCUCCUCUCCGUCGACUUCCGCUUCAUCGUCACUUUCUUUUAUUCCGUGCUCGUCUUCCUUUCCUUCUUCUGCUUUUGCAUCUGCUUCACCUUCUUCCUCUUCUCUCGCUCCUGACGCGCGGUGUCGCGGCAGUCUGUCUCCUCGCGGACGCCUGUCUGGAUCGGCAUCCGCCUCGCCGCGUGUCUCGUCUCUCCUCCCAAACUCGGUUGCGACAGACCGUGGUGCAUGCAGUGCGCGAAAAAGAUGGAAGCCUCUCGACGCAUGCAAGGUCCCUCUAUCCUUCGAUUCCCGCAAUCCCGGACUAGAGUACGCCGUCGCGGCGGCAUUGCUUGACCCGCCCUGUCCCUCCUGCUCUCGGCGCGGAGACAGGGACAGUCUCCAGACGGGGUCCAACCAGCGAGCGCAUGCAUUCGCCUCCGAAGAAGUAGCCAGUUCCUCCGAGGAGCGCGAGGGAGAAGAGAAAAAGGGAGAGAUCGAGGAGACGACGAGGGAGAGAGGGGAGACAGGAGAGAGAGGAGAGAGACGAGAGAGAGGGGAGAGAGGAGAGACAGGGAGAGAGGCACAUGAGACACACGCGCCUACCGAGGCCGAGGCUCUGCCCUACAGUCGGUGCUCGCUGUUGACGAGGUUCUCUCCUUCUCCGCCCCCACUGCAUGCGUUGCAAAGGAGCGCGGGAGUUUGCAGCUCCUCAACCUCGGCAAAGCAACCGUUCCUGAGGUUCCCCUCUCAGACGCUCGGGGCUCGAGGAUACGACAUGUGCUCUCUCUGUCGCGCCAAAGAAGAAGGCAGAGCUGCUCCAGCUUCCCCGCGACUGGAAGUGACGACUGGCUCUUCAGAGGCUGCAAAGGACGACCCAAAUGCCUGGGGUGGAGAGGAAGAAGCUGGCGAAGAGAAACAGAGAGCCGCCUCCCUUUCGCCGCCUGCCGGACGCCAGCAGCAACUCCCAAACGGGGACAGGAAAGCUGAGGCCAACGGUCGGGCCGCCACCACGCCGCGCCCUCUGAGGUGUAUAGACAGUGGAAGGGUGGGAGAAGAAGGAGGAAGGAACCUCGGGACGCCUGCGGAAGGCCCAGACGGGAGGUUCCACGACCUCGCCGGCGAGCGAGGAGAAGCCGCCACUGUAGGGAUGGAAGGAGAAGAGGGGGAGGCAGCGAGAGGAACAGACUGGCGAGGGCAGGAUGCAGAUACCAUUUGGGGACGUUGCGUUGGAAGAAGGAGGAGAGAAGAGACUCAUCAGCACAGCGAAGGAGAAGGCAACGCGGCGGGUGACUCGUUCACAUCGAUACAUGUCUCGAGGAAAGCAAGAUCUGCAUCUUCUCUGCCAUACCAUUUCCCCUCUAUUUCUGCGUCUUCUUCCUCCUAUCAAUAUUCUGCCUCCAAUCCUCCACACCUCUCCCCUCUUAAGCGUCGCGCAUCCUCUUCCCCCAACGUUUCCGCUUGUCUCCCUUCUUCUUCUUCUCCUUCCUCGUCUUCCUCUUCUCCUCCCUCUUCUUGGUCUUUCUCCGCUUCGUCUCGCUUGCCUGUGCGUCGAUCGGGUCGGUCGUCGGACUGGUCUUGCACUUCGCGAGGAGGUUCCUCGGAGAAGUAUUCCGUCUCCGCGUUUUCGCUUCGCAUGCGUUCCUGCCGCUCGUGUCGGCGUCCCCUGGUCUCGCCCUGGGAGCGUCCGGUCUUGUUUAUCUCCGCGCGAGUCCAUCCCGGAGAGAGCAGCGCGAGCUGGGUGCUGCAGGGCCUGCUGGCGUUUCUUCUCGCACCCGCGGAGCCUCGCGCGAGUCUGCUCAGAGAAACGUUCCGCAUUUUCGUGGUGCCGAUGCUGAACGUCGACGGCGUCGUCCGCGGCAACAGCCGCUGUGCGCUUUGCGGCCAAGACUUGAACCGUGUCUGGCGGGAACCGGAUCGGCGUUUCCAUCCUUCGAUCUUCUGCGCCAAGGCUCUCCUCCACCAAGCCCAGCGCGACAGUCGCGCCCUCCUCUUCCUCGACCUUCACGCGCACUCAACGAAGCUCGACGUUUUCAUGUACUGCAACGCCGAGCAACCGAUGGAUGCGGCCUCUUCGCGUCUCACCAGUGGCCUUCUGCCGUCUCUCCUGGAGGCCCGGUGUCCGUGGUUUGGGCGCGCAGACUCUUCGUUCCGCGUAGAGAAAUCGAAGGAGGGAACUGGACGGGUCGUCUGUGGCCGCGAUGUCGGCAUUGCCUGUAGCUACACCUUAGAGGCUUCGUUCUUUGGACCCACCGCUCUGCCGACAUGGCCUCUGCCUCAGUCCCCAGAACUGCCUUCUCUUCAGUUCGCCUCUCUCAACUCCUCAAAGACAUCCGCAAAUGAAUUUGCCUCUUCCUCAGAUUCCUCCGCUUCUGCGUUCGUUUCCUCUGACUCCUGUUCGUCUGGUGCACCUGAGCAGUCGCCUUCGGCGUUGUCGGCACCGCGUGGAGGCCAGGAGGGACUCGAGGCUCCUUCGACCUCUGUGCCUCUUGCCUCUCCUACUUCGUGUAAGGCCCUCUCGGAGCUCGCCGUUGGCGGACCUAGUGUCUCCUCGCCUCCAGCGGAGAUUCCCUUCACAGGCCACAGCGCGUCCUCUCAGCGACGGAGUGUCUCUCGAGCUCCUGCGCCUUCCUCUGCUUGUUCCCGCAUCUCCACCGGGUCUACUCGGGAGAGGCGCGCGAAAGCUGGAGGCAAAGGGCCAGGCUCACGUCGGCUCGACGUAGAGGCAGCUUCGAAGGCCUUGCGGCAGAGAGACGGUUUCGCUCCCCAGGAGAGGCACCCGCAGACCGGCCUCGCAGUGCCGGGCGCGGCAGAAACGACAGAGCGGCUGCUCACCAGAACCACAGACAACCCAAGAGAGCAAGAGCGCCCUCUCAAGCGAGGCAGCAACCGCGACAUCUGUGUGUCCUGCGCUUCCGGGGUGAGACCGCGAGAAGGAAAAGGGAGAGGCUCUGCGUCAGCCAGUGGAGGAGAAAAUAGCGGGAGACGCGUCUCUUCGCCGCCUAUUGAGACUCCCGAAUCGGUCCGGUACAACUCCGAAACGACUCGUCACAACUUUGCCGGAGACGCGCCUGCGCGCUUUUCCUCGGCGUUACCGGUACCAGGGGACUCGAAAGCUUUCUCGGGAGAGAAAUCGGUAUUUCCUUCGCGUUCGGAGUCCCCGCCAGCCGAAACUGAUGCCGGGAGCGACGACGCUCGAAGCGCCUUCAAGUCCUGUUCGGUUCCGUGCGUACGUACACCUUGGCCCGGCGGUGCACUGAGUUCAGGUGUACGUACACCCGGGAGCGGGGCUGGCGGGGUUGACGACCCCGCAGGUGUACGUACACUUGGAAGCGCGGGAAGCAGUUCGUCUUUUGCGGGGAAUUCUGGAGUUGGCGGGCGAACAGCGGCCCGCCACUUCGAUCCAAACGACUUGCAGCUCACUGGCUAUCUUCUAGGGCUUGCUCUUUACGACUGGCUUCGCGCCAUCGAGGCUGAGGCUCCUCAUUUGCUUCUGCCUCCGCAGCGUUCUCGGACGGUCGACGCGGCGACGCAAACCUCUCGCGCGGCCUCCGACGAAGAGGCUUCCUCCGGCUCGCGGACCGCGGCCUGGCGAGAAAAAAAGCGGCAAAUGGGGAGACGCGAGCGAGGACGAGGAGGGUCGAGGGCGCGGCCAGUCUCUCUCGAGAGACAGGGAAGCGGUGCUGAGGCCUGGCAAACCAUGGAGAGACCUCACGAGCGAGAGAGGGCUGAAGACGAGUUCGUCGCUGUCGCAAAGGCGGAGCCGCGAUUCGCCGCUUCUCAUCACGCCGAGCCGGAGGUGCGGAAGGCAGGAAGUGCAAAAGACGAGCUGGACUCUGAAGGACUGGAGGGCCGCUUGCCUCCCCUCAUAGAAGCCUCAGGCCGCUUCCCUUUCUCUCAGAAUGAAGCCCAGAGCGAGGCUGAGAGACACUGCGUUGGAUCCCAGGAUGCCCUGGCGAUUAGCAACCUCGUUCUGGAACACACCUCGAGGUCUGCCACACCCUCUUUGCCUCGCAGCGCAGGUUCCCUCGUCUCUCACCGACUCGCUCCGCUUGCUUUUUGUCGGGGCUCGGUGCCUCCCUUACGGUUUCGCUUCCCUUCGACUUGUGCCUCGCCCUCUCUCUCUCCCGCAUGGCGCCGAAAGCUAGAGGUCUCUCUUCUUCGCUCGCGAAUGCUUCCCGGCGGCCCGCCGUCUCUCCCUGGGCCUCCGCUUCUGCCUACGAAGAGUGUACGGCUACCGGAAGCCGGCGUCUCUCUCUUCGGGGAGUCGCGAGAGUCCACUGACCGCUCCAGCAAACGAGGAGACUCAAGCAGUCUCGCCUGUCUCCGCGACGGUCCCCUCAUGUCGCCCAGAGCGUUCGCCAGCGCCCUCUUUGUCUUACGAAGCCCCACAAGACCCAGGCGCCCUGUCGUCCUGCGCCGAGUCCGCUCCUCAGGCGCCGAGAGGCCUGUCUUCCUCGGCCCACACGGCUCCCAGUGUCUCUCUCGGUGGCUCUCAGGCGAGACGCGUGAGGCAGAGAACUCUGGUUCCGCGCGGGGGCCUUGUCUCGUUUCGAGGGACGAGACAGCGGGGGAGGCCAGGGCGAACGCAUGCACAGAAGAACAGAGACACGCAGCUCCUUGGGAGGAAGCGCCGCUUGGUGGAGACCCUGGAGAUUCCCACAAUUUCCGGACAUGCGCUGGAGACAGCAACCCAGAAGAAGACGACUUUGCCUCUCGUGCGUCUCGCAGUCCUGCGUUGCUGCCAGCUCGGAGUGAGCCAACAAAGGAGGCGGCCUCACCUCCAGACAGUCUGAGGCCAGGCGCCGCCUUUCCCCAGCGCAGGGAGACGCGGGGAACACAGGCGGCUUCCGCAUCCAGCCAGCGUACGGCGUUCCUUCAGCAGGAACUUUUUCAGCGCCAUGGCGCGGGCAGCAGAUUCUCACCAGCCAUUCAAGAAGGAAAACAAGAAGAGCGAAGUAUCUUAACGCGUACUACGGGGCAAGUGCCACAGGAUGCCGCAGUCAAGGAUGUCGAGCCUCUGCGAAGGCCGGAGGCCAGAGGCUUCAGGAAAAGCGGAAAGAGAGAGAAGAGAGGGAAGAGCGGCAAUGGAGAGAAGAGGGAAAAGAGAGAGACGAAGAAGGCGAAAGAGAGGAAGGGAGAACAAGAGAAGCAAAAAGCGCGAGAAAAGCAAAUAGUCCAAGAGAAGCAUGCUUUCCUGUCAUGCAUCACUUUGACUGGAGGUGAUGGAGCCAUGGCCGACGGGCGGAUGGCCGCGCCUUUUUCUCGUGCAUGCAUCGUUUCGGAGAAAAACAGGAUAUUCUCGUCUUUGGACACAAGGGAGAUUCAGCAGACAGAAGGUGUGAGGCCAUUUGCUGCCGGCGCGUUUGAACCUCGCACAGAUGUUUUCUCCUCCUCGUCUGUGCUGUCCUUUUCUGGCCCUCCGUCGUCGCCGUCUGCAGCCUCUCUUUCUCUUGCGUGUUCGCUUCCUCCUGCCCAGUCCCUCGGCAUCAAAGGCCUUCCUCGGAAGCGCGUCGCGACGCAGCAUCUCUUGAGAGGAAAGACAGACAGCGUGGAGGUGGAGGUCGAGAACGACGAGCGCGAGAGGCGUCGAGAGAAGGGGACGCGAGAGAAGAGCAGGGUGGCGGGCGGCUGUUCGAGGAAGCCUCCCGGUGUCUUCGCAGGUCCGCGUCGAGCUCCCGACCCUGCUCGCUUCUUCCCAGAAAGACAAAACGAGACGAGCGAAGCAAGUGAAGCGUUCGCGCUUCUCGCGCAGGGCUCUGCGCUGGCGGUCGCUCCACGCAGAAAACGGCCGUCUCCUGCGUGCUCCCCGCCAGGGAGACAGGAGACCGCGAGAACAGGCAGGCCGGAGGUUUUCUUCUAGCAAAGGGCAGAAGGCUCUUCGAGACAGCGAGAACAGGCAGGCCGGAGGUUUUCUUCUAGCAGCGGGCAGAAGGCUCUUCGAGACAGCGGGGAAGAGGUGCAACGACAACUGCGCAUUCCGUUUCUGAAGGCAAAUUGUCGAAAAGGGCGAGGGCAAAGCGGCGCGCGGUGGACUGCGGAGAAGAAGGCGUGGAUUGAGGAGACGCUCACUCGAGCAAGGCAGAGAUUGGAGCGGAAAGACAGCAGACAGAGAGAUGGAACACAAAGCAUCGGGAGAGGAGAAGGAAAAGCGAGAACGGCCGCUCUUCGUUUCCAGUCGAGCCGUUUGUGCUCGGUCAGAAAAACGCAGAAGCAGGAAACGGAUUCCAGGGUCGCUCGGAUCCUCGCGAACCAGAAACAGACGACUCGGAAAUAACGCACUCUCCCGGCGGGCCAUGCAAAAGAGAGAAGAAAAGAGAAGAAAAGAAGAGAAGAGGAGAGCUCAGAACAGGCGUGGAGAUUCGAAGAGAGAGGAUGAAGAGAAAAGAAGACGGCAGAUAUCGACAGAGAGAAGGGGGAUGUGAUGGAUGAACGUGAGAGGAGACUCAAUUCUCUGAAUUAAACUUCCCGAUUCGCGGUGUUGUCUCAACACCACGCGUCUGUUUCCCCCUGUUUUGGUCCGCGCUUCUUCUGCUGCGCCAAUCGAUUCAAAGAGACAAGAAGGACCUGGGGAAAGUAAGAGAACGGCGUAGCGUGGAUCUUGAACCACAACGCAAAAUGAAGAUGCGAAAGUGGAGAUGGUUUUGAGGUCUUCCACGGCUUCUCUCUUUUUACUCGCAGUUCAGUCUCUCCCCAUCAUCGCCCAAGUCCUAGCCCCCUCUGUUCGAGGUGCUCGUAGUCUCGGCCAAAACUCAUUUGCGUUGUCUGAGUCUCUCUUCUUCUUUUCUCUGCGGUGCUUGUGUGUCGUUUUCCAUCAAACGAAUGAGCCAUGCCGGGCGUUGGCGCGCGCGCAAUUUCCAGAAAACAAUUCUUCACUUUUUCAAAAAGACACAAAGUUCAUGAAGCUCCGACAGAACCGCCGGCGACAGCAGGGUCUCCCCAAGAGGCGUUCUUCGCAAAAUUCAACAUUUCAACACCAGGCAAAAGGAGACCUCAAGACGCGCGAGAGCACGCAUGCAGAUCCACAUGUGCAUGUAAAAGUAUUGAGAAGUUCAGAAAGGGCUUGUAUCAUAGCGUCCAUUGCGAAAUACACACCUCUCGACGCAUGCACUAGAAAACUGUUGCUCGAAGACCUUCCUUCACCUCAGAAAAUAGUCAGGUAAAUUUGCAGCACCUGGUUCUCUCUUCUUCCCCUUAUUCUUCUCUCUCAAGCUUCCUCGUCGAGCGCUCCCUUUCCGCGCCAUGCUUCUUGAAAAUGUUGAAUUCUCCAAUCCCUCUCUUCUCCAUCUUCCUUCCUCCGAACGGUCUCCUUCCCUUUCUUUCUUUGCUAACUGCAUCUUCAAAAUACGAAUACAUAUAUAUAUAUAUAUAUAUAUGCGUACAUAUACA